UGAGCACAUGGCUCAUUCCACUGGAUAUGGUACUUGAAUCGGAAUCAAUAAACACAAAAUAAUAGGCAUGCGACAGAAAUGAUAGUAGAAAGUUUGGUUUGCUGUACCUUCUUUGGCAUUUUUGGGUUUUCAGAAUGAAUCUUCCGAGAUAACGAGAGUAACUCCGAUGUCUUAAGAUGAUAUCCCCAAAAAGAAACUAUGAAGACCUUUCAAUCAUUGGAAAGGGAGCAUAUGGCACAGUUUUUAAGGCGUUUGAUGCUGAAAACGAUCGCAUUGUUGCAUUGAAACGUGUGCGUAUUAUUAAUGAUAGUGAAGAUAAAGGUGUUCCAGUUUCAACAUUACGUGAAAUUACGCUAUUAAAACAACUGGACAACAUUGCACACCCAAAUAUUGUUAGAAUAUUUGAUGCUUUUCAAAAUUUCUCAACAACUCCAACAGAUUCACCUAGUGAUCUUGUGCUCACUAUUGUAUUUGAACAUGUUGAUCAAGAUUUAUCACAGUUUCUUCGAAAAUGUCCUCCACCAGGAUUACCUGAAGAAUUAAUUAAGGACUUGAUGUACCAGUUAUUAUCUGGGGUUGAUUACUUGCACAUGAAUCGAAUAGUCCAUCGUGAUAUCAAACCACAGAAUGUUUUGAUUACUAAAAACAAAAAGGUCAAAAUAGCUGAUUUUGGGCUGGCCAGAGUAUACGGCUUUUGUAAACUUGUUACGUCUGUGGUUGUAACUCUUUGGUAUCGUGCACCGGAAGUUCUUCUUCAAUCAUCUUAUGCAACAUUGGUUGAUCUUUGGAGUGUAGGAGCCAUUAUGGCAGAGAUGUACAACAGAAGACCAUUGUUUCCUGGAAAAAGUGAAAUUGAUCAGUUGGGCAGAAUUUUUUCCGUAAUAGGAACUCCAGAGAAAGAACAGUGGCCAGAAAAUACUUCUUUACCAUGGCAAUCGUUUAAACAUCAUGGCGGCUUAGACCUUCAACACUUGGUGUUGGAUAUGUGUCCUGAAGGAAUUGAUCUGUUAAAAAAACUGCUUGUGUUUGGUGCGGAGAAAAGAUUAAAUGCCCGAUCUUGUCUCGCUCAUCCAUAUUUCAGUGAUGUCGAGUGUCCCGAUAGCCAAGAUUCUGGUAUUUCCAUGUCGUUAAGUGAAACAAAACGAAGCCGAGUUCACGAUGAAGAAAGCAGUUCAGAACAUUCUAGAUCCUCUAAAAGUAAACAUGAGGAACCCGAAGUAGACAUGGCUUCUUCCAGUCGGUCAUUGUUGUCAAGGGAAAGUUCUUCUCUUGAAACUUUACCACGUUCUGCUUCUGGUAUGAGCGACUCAUCAUUUACAAGUCAAGGACUUUCAUUUUCACGUGCUGACUCUGGUAUUUGUGUUUCACCACAAACCGUGUCUUCAGAUCAUGAUUCGAGUAACUCGAGUUCUUUUAAUGAUCAAAAAGAAGAAAAACACGGGAUGACCACGGAAACAAAGCUUUCAGAAGAUAUUCAGACAGAUUUUGACGCAGGUGCUGAUGAAAAUAAGGAAAAUUGAGAUAAAGGUCUAGUGACGAGUUAGUGUAAUGUUGAUAAGCAGAAACAGCGAAAGGUAAAAUUCAGAGUUGUAUCCGUUCCUUUGCGAUGUUUAUAUUUGUUAAAGGACAUAAAAACGUCUUAGUGUAAAUAUAGCUUUGUAUGAUGUAGAUGAAGACCUAGUGUUUUAAAUUAUUAUAUACUUUUUCAUGCUAAAACUUUUACCAAUGUUUUUAACACCAUUGUAUAUUAUUACUCUUUAACAUAAUAUUAUAAAAAGAAA